CGCGUGUGAACCGGCGAACUCAUGGCUGCUCCGGCGUCUCUCGAGCUCGAUGGCCAGACUGGAGACACGGAGACAGAGGUGCUGCAGAGUGCAAGGUGGCUGUACUGUGGAGAGCCUGACGACAGGCAGAAAGCUGUGCUGGUCCAGUUCUCCAAUGGGAAGCUGCAGAAUCCAGGCAACAUGCGCUUCACCUUGUACAACAGCAGCGACUCGGGAAACCCCAGGCAGAGGAGCCACCGGAUCCUGGCAGCUGAAACAGACAGGCUCUCCUAUGUUGCAAACAACUUUGGGACUGGUGCCCUCAAGUGCAACACUCUUUGCAGACACUUUGUGGGAAUUCUGAAUAAGACCUCUGGCCAGAUGGAAGUAUAUGAUGCUGAAUUGUUCAACAUGCAGCCACUGUUUGCUGAAGAUGCUAUUGAGCCUCCGCCUCCCUUGGAGAAUCAGAACAAGACUUUCAGGGAGAAGUUGGAUUCUUGCAUUGAAGCCUUUGGAAGCACCAAGCAGAAGCGGUCCCUGAACUCCAGGAGAAUGAACAAAGUCGGCAGCGAAUCUUUGAAUCUCACAGUCGCUAAAGCUGCGGAAAAUAUCAUCGACACGAAGGGGGUGAAUGCUCUGGUCAGCGACGCCUUGCAGGAUGACACGCAGGAUGACUCCCUCUACCUUCCUCCCUGCCACGCUGACGCAGCCAAGCCUGAAGACGUGUACAGAUUUGAAGACAUUCUGUCCCCAGCUGAGUAUGACGCUCUGGAGAGCCCAUCUGAAGCCUUCAGAAAGGUCACAUCAGAAGACAUACUGAAGAUGAUUGAAGAGAACAGCCACUGCUCCUUCGUCAUAGAAAUGCUGAAGUCUCUGCCAUCAGAUGAGGAGAGUCGCGACCGGCAAGCCCGAAGAGUCUGGUUUCUAGAUGCCCUCAUCAGAUUCCGAGCUCAGAAAGUGAUAAAGGGGAAAAGUCCCCUGGGCCCUGGGAUCCCCCACAUCAUCAACACCAAGCUGCUGAAGCAGUUCACCUGCCUGACGUACAACAAUGGCAGCUUACGGAACUUAAUUUCGAGCUCUAUGAAGGCCAAAAUCACUGCAUAUGCAAUCAUACUUGCCUUGCAUAUAAAUAACUUCCAGAUCGACCUGACUCUGUUGCAGAGGGACUUGAAACUCAGUGAGAAAAGGAUGACUGAGAUAGCAAAAGCCAUGAGGCUGAAGAUCUCCAAAAGAAAGGUGUCCCUGGCAGAUGGCAGGGAAGAGGAACACAGACUAGGCACUCUGUCUGUCCCACUGCCUCCGGCCCAGACCUCAGACCGCCAGUCAAAGCGGAAGAAGAUUCAGUAGGUGUUUCCCAGACCAGAGUCACUUCUGUUGGAAAGGAAGCACUGGACCUUGUGGAACAUCCCUAUAACUCAGGAGACUGGGGCAGGAGGAUUGUGAAUUCUGGCCUGUCUGAGGCUCUCCUGUGCUCCACCACACACCCCUGAGGCCUCACUUCAGCGUGGUCAUCAGCCAGAAGCUAGCAUUCCAGUUGGGCCUCUCUUAUGCAGAGAUUAAAGUGGUGGCCCAGGUUUGA